AUGGCUUCCUCCAAGCCUUCGGGAUCGGGUGGCUACAACAGCGAUGAUGGCAGUGAUCACUCGCCAACCACCUUUGACCAAGCAUACCUCAAUGACGGCAAUGACUUCAUCAAUGACAGCGAUGACUUCAAUGAGGAGGAUGAGACGAUUGACCAGUUCAAGGUUCGCCUCGCCUCCCUCAAAACCUUUGAGCAGGUUGAGAAGCUGUUUGAUGAUGUCAAUGACAAAGCGGCUGAGUGGAUGGAGAAGUUCAGCCUCGCAAAGAAGCGCUAUGACGAGAUGAAGCCAAAGACAGAGAAGCAAACGAAGAUGAAGAUCAAUGUACUCUACAACGGCAACACCUUCCCAAUCACCGUGGGCUCCGAUGACACGAUGAAGGACAUCCGCAAGAUUCUCCGUAAGCAGUGGUCGGGUUCUUUCAAAUCCAUCAAGAUGAUUGAGGAGAAGUCCUUCUUCUACAAGGAGAACCUCAUGCAGGAGCACAGCCGUCGCUCAAUGGGUGGCUGGGGGAUGAAGGAGAACGAUGAGAUUGUGCUACGCAACACCCCGCCUCCAAAGAAGGCGAAGAGCAAGGCAAUGCCCAAGAAGAAGUGA